UGGGAUAGUUGGUGAAACGAGGGGAAAUAAGGAACACCCUGGAAUCGUGUGUCCGAGUCAAAGUGAAGUGCGAGAGGGAGAAAGAGUGUGUGGCGAGAGAGCAGGCGAGAGAGAAACGAAGGAUAGAAGGAGGGGGAGAUUCGGGAGUGCGAGAGUCGUCCCUGCCCUCCGUCUCUACAUAGUGCUGCCUGUGUGUGCGCUGCCUGCGCUCUCUCGUUCACGCGCACGCACACACACACACACACACACACACACACAGGCGCAGACAAGCAUACACACACGUACACACACACCGAACGAGGGAGGGCGAGAGAGAGAGAGAGAGAGAGAGAGAACAGAUCGCAGCAGAGAUGCAGCAGGAGGUUUUUCGAGGUUUGGGGGUGGGGUCAUGGUGUCCAGAAUGGACGGCUGGCACCCCCUACACACCAGCGUCAUACCCUUGGAGCUAAAUGAACAGCACCUGGCUGGCCCUGCUUCAGUCUAUGAGAAGACUCGAUUUGACAUCCAUCUAAGAAUCAUCGCGGUGUACAACAUCCACAUCCAAGGAUUGAACUUUUCGACAACCGACUCCCCUCCUUUCCUGAAUGCCUGCCAAUCUUCCAUUCCAGUGGUGGACACAGUUUUAACUUUUACCUCGCUCUAUUCAGGACUUCUGAACUUGCUGAACUGCAUUUACGCAUCUUGCUUCCUUAAGGGUCUGUUUGAAGUGGGCGGCCAGACAAAGUGUCUCAAAGGACUAACGGAAAAGACUCAAAUGAAACACAGAAAUAAACAAAUGAGAGGAGACAGGAUGGGAGAAGGGACAGAUGAAGUGGAUGGUACCAAAACGACAAGGAUUUCUCUCAGUUUCCCAAUCAGCGCUGGACUGCCUGGUUUCUCUGCACAAAAGCACUGUCCAAUAAUUCAUCCCCCUUCCUCUUCUAUAGCAUUUGAUAGAGAUGCUUCAAAUAGCACUGCAUGGAAGGAGGAAAGUCUCAGAGACAAAACGUUGUCCAAAGGAUCAAAAUCAGACUACCUAUCCUGCUCUUCCUCCUCCACUCUCCCCAUUGAUUUGACUGCACCUGUCAGUAAGAACUGCAAAUCCACUAUGUCUUUUUCUGUGGCUGGUAGUAGCCCCCACUUUCCAACAUCUGCAUUGCACACAUCUGCUAAAAUGGACUACUCAAGAGAGACAUCUGGAGCUAGUCUGCCUAAUGACUACCCAGAACACUCGACUACAGAGACUGCACAUAUCUUGUUCAACCUGAGUGCAAGAGCCUACCAAGGUCAGGUGACAAAGGACCCGGAAUGCGCAAAAGGCAAAAAACGUAAAGGAAACAGCCUACAUGUUGAACUGAGCCUCCCUCUUCCCAGUAUAAACCCACCAUCAUCUUCAUCAAGCCCUCCUCCUCUUUCACCCCCUUCUGUCUCUCCAUUGACCCUCCCUCCUCCAUCCUUCCAUGACUCCUAUCAAGCAGUGCCAAAACCAGAGCUACUGUGUGGGGUAUGCCACCGUCUGUUCAGCACCGCCUCAUCCCUCACUGUGCACAUGCGUCUUCAUAGGGGUGGACGACUUCUCAGCUGCCGCCAUUGUGGAAAAGCCUUUAUCCAUAAUAAAAGACUGCAAUCCCAUGAGGCCACCUGUCGGCAAGCACUGCCAGCUUUCUCCAUCCAGCCCAAACAAGAACCUUUGGAGGAAGGGAACAUGGAGAAAACAAAUGAGGCAACAGAGUCAGAACAGCUUGGACAAGAAACAGGACCUGGACGACCCAUAAAGAAAGGACGAGGCCUCCAAGGACAUCAUGCCAGGGCAAUGUCUCACAGUGAUGCCCUCGGGGAUGAGGAUCACUUUGUGAAGAUUGUUGAUGGACAUAUCAUUUACUUCUGCUCGGUGUGCGAACGAUCCUACAUGACUCUGUCAAGUCUCAAGCGCCACUCAAAUGUGCACUCAUGGCGUCGGAAGUACCCAUGCCACUAUUGUGACAAGGUUUUUGCUCUUGCAGAGUACCGUACCAAACAUGAGGUGUGGCACACUGGUGAAAGGCGAUACCAGUGCAUAUUUUGCUGGGAGGCUUUUCCUACCUACUACAACCUCAAGACACACCAGAAGGCAUUCCAUGGCAUUAGUCCUGGCCUUAUCUCAAGUGAGAAGACAGCCAAUGGGGGCUACAAGCAGAAGGUUAAUGCACUUAAACUCUACCGCCUACUACCCAUGCGCUCUCAAAAGCGGCCCUAUAAGACAUACAACCAGGCUUUGGCGGAUGGACUGCUCAAACCUGACCCAUCAGCUACCUUGCCUUUGCCUCUAGGUUGCAGCCUCCCUCCAAGUCUGGGCCCCAGUAAACUGGACUCCUUCCUUAAGGACAUUCAUCCCCAUGACAUUAAACCGGAUCCUGAGAGUUUCCUGAUCAAGAUGGACACAGAGCAGUGCAGGAAGCUGGCAACAGCCCAGGCAGAGGUACCAGCAGAGGUCAGUGAGAAGGAAAGGUCAGAUUUACAUCUCUCUGGCAACAGCAGUGUCAAAGCCAAAAAUGUCAAAAGCCCAGAGACAGCAGUUUCUUCUGUCAUUACAUUUGGACAUAGCAAACCCUCAGUCAUUAUGCAUAGCACAGCACUCCCAUCCUCUGUCAUUGUUCAAAGAGAUAAGACACCCUCUGGGGAUGGAAAAUGUCCUUCUGAGAGCAGUCAUGCAAUGGAUAAGACUUUGCAAAAAGCACUUAAAAAGUAUACACAAAAAGAUCAUACACAUGCCCAUAGUAAGUGGGACACGACCAGCACACGUACAGAAGUCUCAAAAAUCCAACAGCCAACAGAAAAGAUUCACAAGGGACGAAAAGCUCAUACCAAGAGUGAGUCAAGCAAGGUGGUUCCCAUAUCUGUGGGUUCAGAGGUCAAGGGGAGUGGGCCUCUUUGUCAGAUCACUGUACGUAUAGGGGAAGAGGCUAUUGUCAAAAGGAGUAUAUCUGAGACAGACCUCAUGAGAGACAAAAGUCUAUCAAGUAAAGACAAAAAGGGCAACUUCUUGCAUGGAGACCAGAGAGAGCCACGGCAUACUCAUCACCACCACCGCAAACACCAUGGCCAUCGCAGUUCCAGUCAGGAAGAAAGAGAUUCUAAACUGCCAGGCAAGGUGAGGAAGUAUUUCUUCCGACAAGAAGUCAGGGAGGACAGGAAUGAUCAGGAUGGAGAAGACAACCUGUGGAGACCCUAUUAUUCGUAUAAGCCCAAGAGAAAGGCUUUGCAUAUGCAGAAGAUCAAGAGCUGGCAGCGCAAAAUGCACUACAAACGAUCGCUGCGGCUGAUGAAGAGAGCAGAAAGACUAAUGAAUGACGUAAACAAAGAGGGGGAUGGUUUAGAGGAAGAAGAAAAUGAUGAAGUAAAAGAGGAAGAAAAAGAAGUUUGUCAUCAGAAGGAGAUCAAAGACGACACCCAACCUCCUUGUAUUCCCACAAUAACAGAAGAGAAAGAGGAAGAAAAGGGGGGUUCUGGAAAGCAUGACCUUUCUUUAUCCCAAUCCACUCUGAAUUCUCAGUACACAGUUUCCCCUACCAUCAAACAACGUUGGUCUGGGGACCAGGCCUCUGAAUGUGGAUCUUGUGGCCGCUGGUUCUCCAGCUCAAGGAAACGAGACAAACAUGAGCUAACACAUCUUUUUGAGUUUGUGUGUAUGCUUUGCAGAGCUACUUUCCCUUCUCAGACCAAAUUAGAGGAACAUCAAAGAACCAGUCACCCAAAAAAUAAACCUCUGCCUACCUCUGCUUCAUGUAAUUCAGAGUCAUCAUGCAAGGAAAAUUCAAUGGAAUUAGAGGAGACAAGCAGUGUAUUAAACAGGCGGUUCUUAGAUAAGGGGAGUACAUCUCGCUUGGGAAGAAGGCCGUUGACUAGAUAUACCUGCUCACAGUGCGAUAAAGUAUGUAAGACUGCUGCUGCGUUAAACUGCCACCUGAAGAGGCAUGAGCUAGGCAACACCACAGAGACCAUACAGCCAGUGCUGGACAUGCAAAGUCAUAAUACUGUUGUACCAGAGGUAGACAAAGUUCAAAGGACAGAUUUGGACAUUGCACCUAGGCAUGCGCAGCCCAUUCCAGUUAUAAACUAUCUCAAAUCAGAUUCUCAACACACACAGAAACAGGCAAGUGAAAGUAACGAAGAGCACCAAAGAUUAGCAACUGGUGAAAGUCCAAAGUUAGCAGCUAUUGACAAAAUCCAGAGUUCGCAUUUGAGCACUGUAUCUUCCCCAGUUAGACUCAGCCCAACACCAGACAGGUCAAAGGUCAUCUCCCCUAGUCUCCCCAGUGUGCUGGUAAUGAACGGAGCAGAAUGCCUGGACUUCCGAACUCCUGAGAAACGGAGUCUAGAUGCACAGGAUCAGAUGAGAAGAAGCCUCACACCCACUGAUAGACCAAACCAAGUCUGUCAAUCCCAAAUGGCAGAAAAGGUUAGAACGGAUACAGAUCCAUCUAUAUCCGCUGCUUUACAAUCAUUCAAAGAGACUGUCUUGAGUGAUCAAGAGGUAGAAACACACCAACACAGGGAUAUUCACAUCAGUGAUCCUUCACAAGAGGCUGCACAAGAGGCUCAAGAUCUUAGAGUGUCCAGAACGGCUUGCAGCAUCCAAGCAGAGGAUUUGUCCAUGCCAACGAUACUGGCAAGGGAGAGAGAGUUUUCCCAGCAAACUGCAUACCAAUACUCGACCAACAAAAUUCGAUCCACAGAUGAUGUGAUGCUCAUAGUGCCCAAAGAGGAGCCACUGAGCCCUGUGCCCUCUCCCACAUGCUCUGUCAUUCAAACCACUCACAAAGGACCCCCACAAUGGCACCCACAGUCUCCUAGUCAUUCUCCAAGACCUUUGAACCUACAGUUGCGGUCGCAUUUAGAGACCAACCAAGCACACCAAGGCAUGCACAGUGCUGAGAAACAAAGAUCUGUGCUUUCAACAGGUUCAGAUCACAGCACUGAGCCCCCCUCUUCUCGUUCUGCGCUGCACCCCCAAGUGCCCCAUUCAGAGCCAGUGACAAAGGACAGCACCUCUUCAAGAGAUCCCUGUAGAGAAUCUGGCUAUCCUGUUCAGGAGUAUGCACUUCCCUUUAUCAUACCGGGAGGGUACUGCUCUGGUAAGAAACAGGAGGACCAGAUGCUCAUGUCGUACCCUUCUGCACCCUUGUCUUUUGGUGCACUCGGGAAGAUGGUACCCCAUACUGACUCAACAAAACUGCCCUUUUACCCUGAUCCCUAUCAACUCCUCUACGGCCCACAGCUACUACCAUAUCCAUACAACCUCGCCACCCUGCCUAUGGCUCUCAAUAUGAUGGCACCAGGGGACAAAGUAGAGCCCUUGCCCUUUUUACCCACUCUUUUCAACUAUGCUGCAGUAGGUGCCCCUUUGCCUCACCCUUUAGUAGUGAACCCCAGCCUAUAUAAUAGCAGCAGUAGCACAAAGCGAAACAGUGACAACCCAUGAGCGUAUGUGGAGCCGCAGCACUGAAGGAAUACUGUACAGCUUAUAAGAGGACCAGACGUUAGAUGGAAGAUGUGUUGUUGCUGUUUGUUAAAUGAACUACUUGCACAGACUUUUAAGUCUCUUUGGAAAAGUAGCAAAAAACCAUAGGUGUAUGUACAAAAUUAAAUAUAGUGAAGUAAUGGAGAGGUACCUUGGAGGUAGGACCUAUGGGUAAAAGGAGAGGUUGUGAUCUGGUGAUCUGGUAAUCUACUGGUCCAAUGUGGACAUCUUCCCUUUGCCAAUGGCAAAAGUCACCUCUGACACACCACUCCUCUCCCUCUUUAGAAGAGUUAGAGCUUGGUUAUCCGUCCUCUCAGAUUUGUUGUAAUAACUGGUAUAAAUAAUACAUCUGGACAGCUAACAGGGUGUAUUUUCUGGAGAAAAAAAAAGACAAAAAAAAAAUAGUGUGCUUUCCACUAGUGACAGUAUACCAAUAAAUAAUGAUCAUAUUUGUAGGUCUGAUGUAGGCUUUUAUUACUGCAAAUAGAAAUAAUAUAGGGGCCAAGCUCUUCGUUCUAAAAUGGAAAGAUACACACUCAAUAUGGUGAAGGAAGACAAUAGCAUAUAAGCAGUUUUAUGUGUGUGUGUGUGUGUGUGUGUGUGUGUGUGUGUUUCAACCUCUCAUGAUGCAUGUAGUUUGGGGUAGCUGUCUUUUUACAACAUUAUGUAGGUUCUGUUGUGUGUAUUUUCAGUACUGGCUUCGAUGUGAGCGUCAGCGCCGUGUGUGUGGGUGUCUUGAGGGUGAUGUGUGCAUGCACUGCACAGUUGUAGCCAGCAACGUUUGUGCUAUAUCCGCCUCGUUCAGUUAAACGGAUAUCGAUAUCGAUGCGGAUAUACGAGAAUCAUUCCUGGACAGGCUGUUUUUUGUAGAUCAGCAAGUAGAAAAAUUAGAUGAAGUUCUUCCUUCGUCAGUCACAACUUAGCAGCUUCGAUAGCUUAUCUACAUGUCAUAUUGGAUGGAGUUUGUUCAUAUGUGAUCUUUUCUUUUUUUUUUUUCUUUUCUUUUCUUCUUCUUUUUUUUUUUUUUUAGCUAACCAGCAUCAUGGUUGCUUGGUAAUUUAAUAGCAAUUAAGGACGGACUGCAUUUCGCACUGUCAUGUACACAGUAUGUUUGUAGAAGUGGUUGGAAUGAUUGUUCGGAGGCUCAAGCGAAGAACUGGACACAAAACUAUUCUUUUGUUGUUGUUGUUUUUUUAAAAACAUCUGAGUACUCGUCAGUUACCUUAUCGUCGUUUCUAGAAAGGAAAAUAAGUUUAGUGGCCUUCUCCUCCCCAGUGCCCCCUGGUGUCCACCAAAGACACUCCAUUUACUUGACUGAAAUCUGAGAGAGACCGAGGUAAAAAAGCAGAUGAGAGCGACUGAGAGAGUGGGAGGGAAGUGGAGCAAAGUGCAGCGAGUCUGUUAUCGCCAGUAGAACUUCCAUUACAAAGUCGCGGAAAAUAAAGCUCUAAGCAGCUGGUGAAUACCGUUUUUCAGGCGGACGUGAUCUGAGGAAGCCUGUUAUGUGUGAGCCGUGGGGUUAUGUUGGCUAGCCAACCAUCUCUCGCCACGUCUCCUCUGCAGUGCACAGAAACAGCAAGAGUUGACGUCAGCUCCUCCUGACGUCCGCGCGUGGUCUGAGUUGCAAUGCUUAGGACUUAAAAAAAAGAAAAAGAAAAAAAAAAAAAAGAAAAAAGAAAGAAAAAGAAAAAAUGCUCACUGACCUGGAGUGGCCUGAACACUCCUUUAGGACUUUCCUGUUUUUUUUUUUAUAUAUAUAUAUAUGAUAUACAUACAUAUAUAUAUAUUAUAUAUAUCUUUUUAAAACAAUAUAAUUUGUUUAUUUUACCUACUUUUCCCUUUUUGAUAGAGAGAUUUGUGAGGAUUGUGCUUGAAGGUGGUCUUUCAAGUGCACACGAAUAUGAAUGUAAUUUUAGUCAUGAGGUUACAAAAAAAGAAAAAAAAGAAAAACACGAACAGUAUGGUAGAUGUUUUCUGACUUGAAAAAUAACAUGUAAUAACGAACCGAUAUGAGGUAUUCACAUAUAUACAGUAGUCUUAGAAACAUGUCUAGGAACUUGGAUUCAAUAUAAUCAUAACGCAUGAGCAGCACUCGCUUCUUCAUUAUCCUCUGGUAUCGCCAUAACAAUCAUCACUUCGCUUUCUUUCUCAUGUGUGGUUCUAUUUCUUUUUUCUUUUCUUUCUUUCUGUUUUUUUUUUUUCUUCCCCGCUGAUGGUUCGCUUGAAAUACUAUCUGCUGUAAAGCUGUCUAUUUACAAUUAAUCUUUUUUUUUGUUCUAUCGUUUUUAACUUAAAUCUGAAACCAAAAAAAAAAGAGCACCCCCACCCUGAAGCUGUGUUUUAUGACUUUUACACAGUUACAGCACGUGCUGUCCACUUAUAAACGUCCCCAUAAACACAAAUCACUCACACUGUGACCCCCCCCCCCCACCCCACCCUUCCCAUUUCCGCAUUUUAUCCCGUCCUUUUGAAGUGAGUACAUUGAAGCCGCAGCACUGUUCAUUUCGGAACAUAGUGAGAAGUUUUGUUGCUUUUCUUAAGUGUAGGUACUUUCACGUAGUGUGUGUAUGUGUGUGCGAGUGUGUGUGUGUGUGUGUUAGAGCACAUUUGAGGAAAAGGAAAACCAAAACAAGCACCAUAUCCCUUGAGGCUUGCCACCAAAUCGGAGAUUGGUUUUGGACCCCUACCAACCUGUUGUUAAAUUCUUCUCGUACACUUUCCUCAUGAGCAGUCUUGGGUUGAAAGAGCCUACAUGCAAUCUGAUUAAUCAGAGUAGGAUAUGUUUGGAAACAUCUGGAAAUAUCAGACUGCCGGCAACUUAUUUUUUUAAUGAAUUACUUUGAAUUCGAUUUUUUUUUUUACACCAUUGAAUCUGCCUAUGAACUGCAUAACUGUGUCGCCACGAUGCUAACCGUUUUCAUUGUAAUCAUAUCAUUCCAGCUGUUACAAAUCAUCAUUCCAGCUGUUAAAGGAACAGCGUGUCACUUUAGGCAGCUCUGUUCUUUCUCUCUUGGGGGCGGAGCUCAUUUCUGGGCCAGAAAAAUUCCAACAGAAGCCUGAAACAGCAAAACGAAUCACAUCUGAUCUAACGUAAAGCAAAAUCGUGACUCGUCCCCCCCCCCCACCCCAGGAUAUAUUUGAAAUUUACUGAUUACGCAUUGAAAACGACAAAUUGUACCUUUAACACUACAUGACGAUGGGACUUUUUACAUAAACAUGACGCAAACCUUUAACGAAUUAGCUAGUUGAUGAAAAAUCAAGCUAACGAUGAGUAAUAAAUAGUCAAUUAGAUAUAUUAUUCUUACUUUUUGGAUCGUUACAAAGCCCAUAAAGUAUUCCAAAAAGAUAAGAUUUUGUAUAAUGAGAUAAAGAUAAUGUCAUU